AUAAAAUGAAUUUAGAAGAGCCAAGCCCAUCCUACAAGUCAAAUGGCACUGCAAAGAAGAUAAUCUGGGGUAAAAGAACUAGACCAACACAGGAUCAAUCCAAACUUUUUGAAGGAUGUUUGUAUUCCACUUUUGUCAAAAAUUCAAACAAAUUACCCGUCAAGACCGUUCUAAUGAUUGUGAUACAGCUUCUGGAGCAGCUUGAAGGGUAUCAUGGGAAGGAUAAGUGAAGUGGACGUCUAGAAAUGAAGCAUAUAGAGGUCAGGUCUUGUGAGCAGAGAGACUAUGUCUACCUCUCACCUACUGCAUUCGGUUUAAGCCAAGAUUGUGAUGAUCAGGAUUCAUCGAGAAUUAUCACUAGUAUUAAUUAUGACCGUGGCCUGACUACUACGAAGAGAGAUGAUUUAGAGUGAAUCGCAUACCUUGCUAUACUUCUUCUAAAGGGAACCGUUCCUUGGAUCAAAUAUUGUGAUGCUACAGGUACACAAACCGGUAAAAAGGUUGCACGUGAGAAAGAGAAUUAUGGGUGGAAAAUGCUUAGCAAGGGGCUUCCAGUUGAAGUCUCACUGUUUCUUAAAUAUCUAAAUGACUUGGAUGAAAAGUCAUCUAUUUCAUACGAAAUAUGAAAAGAAUGAUUCUACUCAGAUGUUCUCCAGUGAUUCAUUGGCCUCCCUUGUCAGAAUUUUGAUUUAGUCUGGAGAGAUGAAGAGAGUGUAGUGUCUAGAAGUAAUGCUAGUGACGAAUUUUCUCUUGACUCUUCUGAGUCUUUUGACCCAAUGGCUGCGAAGAUUGUCGAGCAUCAGGCUAUGGAGUACAGAAAGAAAGCCAGUGUUCCAGUUCGCAAAACUUUCAAUAUGAACACCAUCGAAGAAGAGAAGGGAUUUCCAGGGAUUACGAAGCAUAAUCCUGAUAAUCACUCGAAGAAAUAUUCGCACCCUGAUCGCUUAUUUCAGAAGGAAUUUAUUAAGGAUGAUGAUGCUCAAGUGGACUUUAGGCACUUAGGGGAUGAAGUAGGCGGAAUCGCAGGAAAAACAAGCUCUAAAGCAGGACAAAUGGAUGCGAAUAAUCUGUACUCAUCAAGUUCAAACAUAAAUUUUGCUUCAGAGUCGUUAGUGAAACAUAAGAUAAGGGAGUUUACGCAUCAUCCAAGUGUGUUUAUGAGGCACAAGAAGGUUAUAUAACCUUGUAACUCUGUUUAUUUAACCUUAUUUGGAUCCCUUAAUUUAUUCACAAGGACUUAAUGCAUUCUUAUAAUGAAAAUUUGAGAUCAAGUUGAGAAUUUUGUGAGGGUUUUGGGAAAACUGUAAACCACUAAAUCACCAGGAUAUUGUUAAAAGGGGUAGAUAUAUUCUAUGGCCAUAUUUGAGUGCUGGCUUACCUCUUCUUGCUUGUAUUUCUUAUUAGUAAUAUCCGUCAGAUUCGAUACAUGGCCAAAUGAGUGUGAUGCAAGGCUAAAGCUGAUUUUAACCUUAUUAUCAUAGUUUAAUAUUACUCUAUUGACCAAUGAAUUGAGACUACAGGUGUUGUAAUUGAGCAGAUUAUUUGGUGGUUGAAAAUGUUUCAAAUAUUUGAGAAGGAUUCUAAUUAGACACUU